GGUAAAGUUACACCUAUCUUUUUAGUACACACUAAAAAAACUAACAGCAUUAUAACAGCAUUUAUGUACGCUGAUUCUUUUAUGCCGUUAUUUAUGCUGUUAUAUUCACGGAUAUGCUGUUAUAUUCACGGAUACAAAAAAAAUGGUAGAGGCAAAACAAUUUUGGCGUUAUUUUGGUGUUAUGUUUGCCGUUAUAUUAUGGUGUUAUAUUAUAGUGUUAUAUUUAAAGAUGUUUGCUGUUAUAUUUGCUGUUAUUUUUACUGAUGGUUUUGCAUUUAUACUUGCUGUUAUAUUUGAUGUCACACGUGACAGCAAAUAUAUAAGCAAAAUAUUAUUGCAAUGCUGCCACAUUUUGGAAUAUUAAAAUAAGAAGUUUUGAAACUGACACGUUAGUUUCUAAAGCAAUAGCACGAGGUGGUAAAAGUGAAAAAAAAAAUGAAAGCAAUUAAAGUUAAUUUUAAAGAAAACUCUGAAAUAGUUAUUGCCUGCAGCAGUAAUUUUUUUGAAUUUUGUGCAGCUGUUCGUGAAACCCUUAAUUUGCCCAUGAUUGAAGAAGUCAAGUGGAACAGCUGUAAAGUAACUGCUAAUAGCUUUACUGCUCUUCUUAAUGAACAAAAUUUAGAGCUUACUAUUUAAGCUCCACAGCUUGUUAAUAUACCCAACUCUCAACAAGUUGGGUUUUUACCUGAUUUAAAUAAAGCUGACACAGCUCAAUCAUCUCCAUUAUGCCAAUUUUCAUCUCUUUUAAAUGAUUAUGUAGAUUUUGUGGUACCACCAAAGAAAAUAAGUCGGAACUCGGAAAACCAAUAUAUGGCUGAAGAGAGUUGUGUUUAUGUUAUCCAGCCUCCAGUAAAACAACUAUCUUCAUCAGUUGCACAAAAUGGUGUAUCUGAAAACACCCCCAAGACACCACAAAAGGUAAUAAACUAUAACUGUUCUAUUUGCUAUUGUAAAACUACAACUUAUAGUCAUAUGCUUCAUCACUUAAAACUGCAUGGUAACCAAGCAGCCGUUUUUUGUGAAAUUUGUUUGUCAACAUUUAAAAGCUAUUCAGGUUUUCUAAAGCAUUCCAAAAAAUGUUCCAAAAAUCAGAACAAUAUCUGUACUAUUGAAAAUGAAAUAGAAAACAAGGUUGUAAAUCAAGUUGGUAUCACAAAAAUUAACGAAGAUUAUUUAGGAGCUUUGGCAUUACAUUUACAAGGAAAGUACAGAUGUGCUCAAAAUGUUUUAAACAUAAUUUUCAGUAAUUUAAAGGCGAUGCUUUCUGUAUUUAAUAUUGACAUAGAAGCUUUAAAAGCAACUUGUGAUAAACUGUCAACACAAUAUUUAAGGGAAAAGUAUUACAAGAAUAAUUUACAGGCUCCAACUCCAAAAGUAAUUGGUCUGAAUAAGACCAAAAACAUCCCUUCAUUGUAUCGCGGUAGAAUAUCUACUAUCUUUCCAUUAAUUUUUACUCUUACUAAAUGGGUAAAAGAUAAAAAUUUUUACAGCAUUCUUUUUAGUGAUUUUAUUUCUUCGAUAAGCCAGCUGGAAAAUGGAAUUGUUAUUAAAGUUAUGGGUAUUUCUAAAAAAAUUACAGCUGAAGUGGUAUACUUCUCAGGUGACUCUCUUUCUGCAAAUGCGAUUGGAGGUUUUAAAGAAGGCUUUAGUGCAAAGACAUUUCGCUGUUGCAGAAGUUGUAACUCAACCAGACAACAAAUGAAAGAUUUUUCUAACCAUGAAGAAUGCAAUAUUCGAAAUGCUGCUGAACAUAUGACACGUGUAACAGAACUAAAUUCUGGUUUAAGCAAACCUGAUAAGUUAAAAUGGUCUAAAUACUAUGGCAUUGUUUCAAAAAGUAUACUAUCAAACAUUCCAGGAUUUGAUGUGACAAAACAACUUUUAUUUGAUCCUAUGCACGAUUUGUUCGGAGGUCUCAUUCCACUUCAGUUAGAAUUAUUUUUGUCAUACGCCAUUCAAAACAAUUUUUUCACUCUGCAAGAAAUCAAUGAUUGGUUGCAAGGGUUUAGCUAUGCUAAUGGUAUUGAAAAACCUAAUAUGAUACAUUCAUCAAUACAGAUUCAUGGUUGUUUCAGCAGUGGGCAAACUUUGACUCUUUCUCGUGUUAUAUCAUUUUUUAUCUUGGAGCACAUGGAUCAAGCAGAUGCCCAUUUCAUGUGUUUGUCAAAACUUAUUCAAGUGCUUCAAUUGUGUUUGUCUCCUAUUGUUACUCCCCUUUUUUUAUCUGAUUUAAAAGCAUUAAUUCAAGAUCAUCAUCGCUUAUUUUUGUGUUUGUAUCCUAAUAAAUUCAUUCCAAAGUUACUUCUUUAUUCACUACCCUGCUCAAGCUAAACAGUUUGGGGCUCUACAGGAACAUAU